CAGUGAGGCACGUUUUCCUGCAGCAGAAGCAGCAUGGGCAGCAGUGGAGGUGUUUAGAGAUGUCUGUAGAGAUGGUGGAGCUCUCCAUGGAAGUACCAGAGCCGGUCCGACCGGCCGGAAUCCUGCAACAGAACCGCCUCUUCCUCGACUUCUUCUGGGACUUAGCCAAACCGGAUCAGGAGGUCCGUCUGAAGGCCGUGGAGAACUUGAUCCAGUACCUGAAAACCAACAACAAGGAAGAUGAGUUGGAAUACACCUUCAAAAGGCUGGUGGAUGGACUGGCUCACACACGAGAGACUGCAAGACCAGGAUUCAGCGUGGCCCUGGGACAGGUCUUAAGUGCCUUUGAAGAUGUUUCUUUGCAGAGCAUACUCGACAGAAUCAAACAAAAGCAUAAUCCAAAGGCAGUGAAAAAGAAACUUUUCAGAAAUGCUUUGUUUGGAAACUUGUUUGGUGUCCUCGCCAUUCAGCAGUCCGGCCGCCUCUCUAAAGAGCCACAGGUGGUGCUGGGAUGUGUGCAGCUCCUGCAGAGUCUCAGCCAGAAUAGACAACAUGUGAAGGACCUGCCCAACAAGACCAUGAUGGACAUCCUCAAUGAGAUCCCAGAGGAGGUGUUUGAGGAGGUCCUGCUGAGCGCCCUGAAAACUGACCUGGCAUCAGCCUUCAACACUCCGGAGCAGCUGCAGCUGCUGCUGGUAGCACUGCAGCGUUUCCCACAAACACUCAAACCCAAGAAACUCAAGAAGCUGCUGGGCUCCUCGACCAUCAUCAACGCUGAUAACAUCCCAAGGUUGACCGAGGUGAUGAAGAUGGCAGCCCACUCGAUGAAGAAGGAGUGUGUCCUACCAUCAGUGGUGCUGGACCUCCUGAAGCUCUCUCUGAAGGAAGACAGCUUCCAGCUCUUCUGGAAUACCGCCAUCGUCAACGGCAUGUUAAAGGAGAAGGCGGGGCCAACUCACUACCUGAGCUUCCGCCUGCUGGGCAGCGCCCUGCCUCUUCUGUCUGCAGACCAGCUGAAGGAGGUGCUGUCUGGAGAGGUGAUGAAGCAGUAUGGGGAGCAUGUGGUGUCUUCUCAGAAACCAGACCGCUUCAAGCUGGCCCCAGAGAUGGACACCUACGUGUCGGACUUUCUGCAGGGCUGUCAGGAUGCUGACAAACAGCUGGCAGUGAUGGUGGGCUUCUCCUCGUUGACCAACCAGGGCUUCCCCGUGGUGUCGCCUGUGUGGAAGGUGGUGCAGCACCUGCAGCCUGCAGCUCUGCAGCCUUACGUGGACUGGCUGAAGAACAUGUUCCUGCAGCCGCAGCUGGACAAGCUGCUGGACUUCAGCACCCGCAAGCAGAAGGAAAAUAAGGAAGCGAACGAACAGACGGAGAACUCCAUCUUCCGCUUGAGGAAGUGGAUUGGUUCUCGGCUCUCCUCGAUCAUCGACAACCACCAGGUGAAGAAGUCAGAGGAUCUCAUCAUGGAUGUGGCCAGGUUUAUCUUUUUCCACACAUUCUUCAGUGCCAAGAAGGCCUCAGCAGAUGUCCCAGAGACGAAGGGGAAGCUGUCUGUCCCACUGGAUGAUAAGACCAGAGGAGUGCUUGUCAAUACCUUCUUUGGACUCCUCCUGUCCAUGCACCACCUGCCUCUGGCCCAGGACUCUGCUGAAGGCGCCACAGUCAACCAAAAGCGUGUACAGGGCGUCACAGCUGAUGGCACCUUGUGGAUCUACCACCUGGUCCAGUACGCCCAAGUCCUGCUCGACCAGACGAAAUGCGUCCAGAGUAGCCAGCCCUUCAGCCCCGAGCAGAGACAGGCCUGGGACAGUAUGAUGCAGUCGGUAGCAAACCUGAAGAAGAAAGCAAAGAAGGGCGCGACUGCAGAGAGCGGCGCCUUCCAGCAGCUCUUCCUGCUGGUCGGCAUGCACCUCUUCAAGGCCCCUGAAGAGCUGCUGGACACCAUGAAGGACCUGCAGAGCUGCAUGGACAAAGCGCAGGAGAAGAAGGCCAAGAAGAAGAAGAAACAAGCCACAGAGCAGGAGGAGGAGCCGGAGUGGGUGGAGGUGUUGGUGGACAUCUUGUUGUCCCUGCUGUCCCAGCCGAGCCGUCACAUCAGACAGGUCUGCAAAACGGUCUUCACCUCCGUCUGCCCCCACGUCACUGCGGCCGCCCUCACCGCCAUCUUAGAUGUUCUGGACCCAGACAAGGAUGACGAAGAGGACGGUGCUGUGGUCGUCACUGAUGACAACAAACCCCAGAAGAAGAAGCCAAAUGAAGAAGAUGAUGAUGAGGAGAUGGAGGACGAGGAGUCUGAAGGGUCAGAUGAUGACUCUGAUGAGGAUGAAGAUGAUGAAGCAAUGGAAGAGGAUGAUGAGGAGGAGGAGGAGGAUGAAGAGGAGGAGGAGGAGAUGGGAGAGGGCGCUGUGGACCAAAGUUUCCGUUUGGAGCUGAUGAAGGUCCUGAAGCAGCAGAAUGCUCUGGCAACAGAGGGGGACGGCAGCAGUGAUGAAGAUCUGGAUGACGACGCCAUGAUGGAGCUGGAUAAGGGCCUGGCGGCGCUGUUUUCCGAGCAGAAGAAAAAGACCCAGGCCAAGAAGGAUGAAAAGGCGAAAAUACAAAAAGAGAAGACGCUGGUCCGAGACUUUAAGAUCAAGGUGUUGGACCUGAUCGAGGUGUUUGUGGCCCGGCAGGCUGGCAGUCCACUUGUUCUGGGUUUGGUGGAGCCUCUGCUCAGCAUCAUCGACAGAGGAAUGAGCUCCGACAGCGACCAGCAGGCGCAGGACUUCCUCCGCCGAGCUGCAGAUAUCUUCAGGAACCAGCUGUGCAGGUCCAAGGUUUACUGCAGGACCGUCGGUGACAGACAGGGGGAGCUCCAUGACCUGCUGGACAAACUGAUGACUAAAGCCCAGAAACUAUCCGAAUCCUCAGUCUGCCUCUACUACUUCAGUGCGUCUCUGUACGUGGUCAAAGUGCUGCGAGGAGCUCCACCUGCUGAGGCCAAAGAGGAGCAGCCAGCUGACGGAGCUGCAGCAAAUGAUUUGAGCUUCAUGGGCAGCAUGGAUGUGGAUCGGGUCUCUGCUAUCUUCAGAGACGCUCUGAGCUCCUUCAUGGGCAAGAGGAAGAGCCCUCUGAGCACUCAGAUGUUCACAGACUUGUUCACCAGAUUCCCGGGUUUGUGUGUGAAGCUGUUGGAUGCAGCUGUGCAGCACAUCACAUCUGGGGUCAGAGUGCACCAACAGGGCCAAGCAUGUGUGUUGGUGUUGCGGGCGAUGCAGAGUCGGGAGGUUCAGCAGCUGCUGAGCGGCGCUCCGUGGACGGAGCUCUGUGUGAAGGUCUCAGGUCAGCUGGAGGCGAGUCUCCAGAUCGAGCAAACUGAGAGCAAAGUGGUGAAGGAAAAGGUGCUGAAAACCCUGGAGCUCUGUCAGUUCCUGGUCAAGCAUGUUAACCAGCAGAAGCUGUCUGUGGACCUGGAGCCCCUUCAGAAGGUCCUGCAGUCCCUCACCAGCGCCAUCGCUUUCAAGAAGACGGGCAAGCUGGAGGACACCUACUGGGCUGUGAUGAAACACUUCGGAGUCAUGAAACCAAAAGUUGAAAAGAUAAAGCCUGACAAGGAGGCCAACCAGCAGCAAGUCCUUAAGAAGAAGAAAGGUUUUCUGCCAGAAACAAAGAAGCGUAAAAAGCGCAACAAGCCUAUUUUAGAGCCAGCAGCAGCAGCAGCAGCAGCCGCCGCCGACAACAACUCGACCUUCAAAUACAAACCGGGAGCAGACAAAGGACAAGCCAAAAAGAAACAUGACAAGAAAACAAAACAGAAGCGGCCGGCCGACGGAGCGACAGCUUCUCAGCCCAGCCCGGCCAAGAAGAGCAAGACAACACAGUCUGAGAGCAAGACAGCCAAGAAAAAGAAGAAGAAAUCCAAACAGAAGAAAGGGGGAGGAGAGUAAAUGGAAAGUGGACACUGCUAUUUAAAUAUUUCCUUUUAAAGAGCCUGUCUUUUGUCUGUUAAUUUUUUUUUACCUUCUUGGCUGCCACUUCAGUUCUAAUAAUAUGUUUGUAAGUUUCAAUAUGAGAUAAUAUUAUACAUAUUGAAAAAUGAACAUGUGGGAAGUGAAUCUGGAUGGAUUAUUUUUCUAAUAUGUAACUUUGUUUGGAAAAAAUGCAAUAAUAAAUUCAUUUAUCUC